AUAAGGCCCCUUCUGCUUCGUUCCACCCGUUCCUCUUCGCUGCCGUUGAGCUCGAAGAUGCCGUCGUUGCCGGAGUGAAAGCUCCGCCGUUGCUGGGUUGUCGUUGCCUUGUCCGAAGCCGCCAGGUUGCCGUCGCUGAUGUCGCGCUUUGGUGCCUCCGUUCCUCUUCGUUGACGGUGAAGUAGCAGAUCCAACCCAAAGGCUCCUCUGGAUCCUCAUAUUUGCCAUAGCAAUCUAUUGAAAUUCUAUGCAUGAUUAAUCUUUCAGCUAUGCGAUCAUUGGAUUUUACGUCACUGCUUCUAUUCUCUGCCAUUUUUCGUGUUAUUUUAAUUAUAUAUGGAGAGUGGCAAGAUGCUCAUAUGGAGGUUAAUUAUACCGAUGUUGAUUACCUAGUAUUUUCUGAUGCUGCGUCUUUAAUGGCUUCGGGUGAUUCCCCUUAUAAGAGGACCACAUAUGGCUAUUCCCCCUUGCUUGCAUUUCUUCUCAUUCCUAAUUCAUUAAUCCAUCGAUCUUGGGGAAGGUUUAUCUUCUCAGCUUCAGGUAUGGAUUUAGUUUUAUUGCUGGUGGGAUAUUUUAUCCAUUUUAUUCUACAGCAGAGGAAGGUACCCAGAAAACUCUGCAACUAUUGUGUCAUGACAUGGCUCUUCAAUCCAUUUACUUUCACCAUAGGGACGCAUGGGAACUGUGAACCUGUUGUUUGUGCCAUGAUAUUGUGGACAAUUAUCUGUCUUAUGAAAGGUAAUCUGUUGCAGUCAGCAUUUUGGCAUGGACUUAUUGUCCAUUUCAGGAUUUAUCCCAUAAUUUAUGCCGUCCCUAUUGUCCUGGUUUUUUAUCCAAAUUUCUUCCCAUCCAAUCGGAAACCUAUCCUAGAGAACUGGACUGCUGCUCAAGCAGAAAGACUCAAUGAUGGGAAUUGCUUGUGUUCCUUACAUAAUCUCUUAAAAUGCAUAUUUACAAGGAAGAGGCUGAUGUUUGGACUGGUUUCGGCAGCGGUUUUCUUCUUAUUUACUGGUUUGUCCUAUUAUUUAUAUGGAUGGGAAUUCCUACAUGAGGCAUUACUAUACCACCUUACUAGAACAGACCCAAGGCACAACUUCUCCAUCUAUUUCUAUCACAUCUAUCUUCACUAUGGUUAUGAUAUUUCAGUGGUGGAGAAGCUUAUCUCAUUUUUGCCACAGUUCAUGGUGCAGCUGGUUCUUAUUUUCUGUUUUGCAAAGGAUUUGCCAUUCUGUCUAUUUGCUCAGACUGUAGCAUUUGUAGCAUUCAACAAGGUGAUAACUGCACAGUAUUUUGUAUGGUUCUUUUGCUUGUUGCCUCUGAUAUUACCAUGGAGCAAAAUGAAGCUUAAAUGGGAUGGCACGCUUUGCAUUCUUUCAUGGAUGGGAGCUCAGGUCCAUUGGCUAAUGUGGGGUUAUCUGCUUGAGUUCAAGGGUAUAAACGUAUUCUUAGAGCUUUGGGUGGCAAGCUUAGUGUUUCAUGCAGCUAAUGUUUUCAUCCUUACAUUGGUUAUUCGCCACCAUACAUUUUCUUCAUUUUUCCUAGGUUUAGAGGAUGUCAAGUCCAAAAAUGUUGCUAAACUUGAAUGAGUGACUUUCUAAGUGUCAUCUGUCAUUAAAAAUUCUUAUUGUUAUUGCUUUCGUUA